AUGGGAAAGAACGGCUGGGAUCACCCUCUCACAAAGAGGACAACCUACAAACAAUCCAUGGAGUUCGUCGAAUACUGGGCCGACGUCUACAUGAACACUCGCGAUGAGAUCGAGACUAUUGGCGACAAGAUCAACGCUCUGCGGGCUGAGGUGGAAGAGGCUCAAAUACUCAACGAAAAGGACAUCUACACCGGGCUCGGAUUCACUGUCGCACUGCAGGAAGCCAACCGCUUGGAAGUCCGCCGCAGCCGUCUCAGUAGCUUUCAUCACUUUUUCCGCGAUCCAGAGGAACAGCUGAAAGGUGCUCGCAAUCCACUGGGCAAGAUGUUGGCCAACGUUGAUCUCAAACUGGAGGAUAUUCCUGUUAGGGAUGGUCACUACGCAAGCAUGCGGUUCCUGCGCGAAGUGAUGCGAGCAGUCAAGCAGCUGGAACCGAAAUACGAAACUCAAUGGGGUCGCCCAUAUGAUCUCCUAGGAGCUUACGAUGAACUUUCAGAUGCAGAGGAUGAAGAAAACAAACAGCACCGUCAGCCCCAGGCUGUCAAGAAGACUCAAGCAACCAACAGCCGCCGAGUCAAGCCUGGAAAGUCCAAUGAAAACGCGAGAUCAUCAAAAAGUGACUCGCAGGUUGAAACGACAUUUGCCAACGACCAAGUACCAUCUGAAUGGAGAAAUGACUUCUUUUUGCCGACAAGUGAGACUGAGAAGAACCCUCAAGACUGGGAAUCACAUCAUGACAUGACCAAUUCACUCACCCCCGAGGAUCCGGACAAUCAAACCGACUUGACUCCUCGCAAGGCCAAUGAUGCUUGCAAUCAUCGCGCAGAGCUCAAUAUCCAAGAGAGGGAGCUCAGUUUCGAUGAAUGGUGCAGUGGUAUGUCUAGCUCACUUACUCCAGAGGAAUGGGAUCUUGCAAACGGUGUGACCCAACGGAAGCCCUGCGAACUCUGCAACCAAGACAGCAACAAUUCGAGUUCCAGUUCCAGUCAUUCAGCCUCACAGACCAAUCUCAAUCAUCCCGUGAGCGCUAUAAAUAUCUCGUCCCCUGCAACCGACUCGGAUCAACUUCCCAACCUUGGAACCCCGGUCACGACUCAGGAAACGGCUGCCGAAGGCGCCUCCUGUGUCAGUUGCAUGGAAGGACUUCUUGGCGACGCCAUGGUUGUCAGCGACUGCAAGCAUGCUUACUGCAGAAAGUGUGCUCUUCACAUGAUGGAAGAGUCCAUGAAGGGCGAAAUGCUCUUCCCCCCACGGUGCUGUGGAGGGUUUCUCCAGUAUCAAACAAAAAAGCACUUGUUUGACGCUGGCAUUUGGCUCGCAUUCGAAACAGAGAUGGCCAAAUUCAACGAUCCCUCGCCUCUCUACUGCUCCGACCCUCGGUGCUCCGCAUACAUUCCCCCAUCUCUUCAUGGGGUAUGUCAAAAAUGCACAAGAAAAACGUGCAUGGAAUGUCGCAAGGAAGCCCACGAAGGCACUUGCGACUUCCGCGGAACGGAAGGGGACCGGCAGCUGGAGGACCUGGCCCGGGAAAAGAAAUGGCGACGAUGUUUCGGCUGUGGGCACAUGGUCGAGCUGAACUGGGGAUGCAACCACAUGACAUGCGUCUGUGGCCACCAAUUCUGCUACCUUUGCGGAAAAGAGUGGAAGACUUGCAUCUGCCCUCAAUACAGCGAGGAUGACGAGGAUGCCGUCGCCGACGAGCGACGUGCACGCCGGGAUCCAAAUCACCCGCUGUUCGACUUCCGACGGGUUUGCCAGCACCAAGAGGGCUGGACUAGACUCGUCAACGACACUCCCUGCGCUGGCUGCAACAGACGGAACACAUACGCCGUUCUGAGAUGCAAUGCCUGCCAAUUGCAGCUGUGCGGACCAUGCCGCCAGCACAAUAUGGAGGCGCGCAGAGAUGGGUAUGAAGUUGACGAGUUCUAG